CCGUUCAAAAAAAUGUGUUGUGGAGUUCACGCCAUGUUUCGUUGAUGCCCCAUGGUUUAUGCUUCAGCGAUAUAAAUGAUAAACGUCUUCAAACGGGGUUGUCUUUGAAUUGAACUACAGUUUGGGGACCGCGGAAAGGAAGUUCUGUUUUUUUGUGUGUGAUCAUACCUACCUGCCAGUGCUUGCCUUGCCCGCAUUACAAUGGUUGCGUCCUGUAUUGACGUUUGCCUGGAUCCAUCAUCGCUGUGGUGCUGAAAAGAAACGAACCCGUGCGGCCGUAGCGAGUGCAUGCUGCUGCGAACGAUGAGGAGGUUUCUGUGGACCUGCAGCGGUUGAAUUGCACCACCUCGCCCACUUCUUGAUUUUAUCCCUCAAAAAACCUGGACUCUACCGGCGCAGUUUAUGAAGAGCCAGUGUGGACAGUAAUGACCUCACGCUCCCGGUUGCCAGCUGGCAGUAACGACAAUGUCCGAGCAUCAGAGCUGGCACAAGACAGGCAGCACACAGAGGUGGUCUGUAAUGUUCUUCUGCUGGAUAACACAGUUCAAGCCUUCAAAGUUAACAAGCACGAUCAAGGACAGGUCCUGCUGGAUGUAGUGUUCAAGCACCUGGAGCUGACGGAGAGCGACUACUUUGGCCUACAGUUGGCCGACGACUCCUCAGACAGUCAGGCUGUCGCAACAGGUCAGAGGUGGCUGGAUCCAACCAAACCGAUUAGAAAGCAAUUAAAAAGGGGGUCUUCACACCGUUUGAAUUUUAGGGUUAAAUUCUUUGUAACCGACCCCAAUAAACUCCAGGAGGAGUACACAAGGUACCAGUACGUUUUGCAGGUUAAACAGGACAUACUUAGUGGAAGGCUGCCGUGUCCGUACAUCACAGCCGCUCUUCUUGCUUCAUACGCCGUUCAGUCUGAGCUAGGGGACUACAGUCAGAACGAGAACUUGCCCGGCUACCUCUCCGGAUACUCUUUCAUCCCCAACGCACCACAUGACUUUGAGAAAGAGAUUGCCAAACAGCAUCAGCAACACAAGGGACUGCCUCCUGCCCAGUCAGAGUUCAAUUAUCUAAACACAGCACGGACGCUAGAGCUCUAUGGAGUCGAAUUGCACAAUGCAAGGGAUCAAAGCAACACUGAGAUUUUAAUCGGAGUGAUGUCAACUGGGAUUGUCAUCUAUAAGAACAGGGUUCGAAUCAACUGCUUUCCAUGGCUACAGAUUGUAAAGAUCUCGUUUAAAUGUCGACAGUUUUUCAUUCAACUCAGAAGAGAAUUGAAUGAGAGCCGUGAGGCGCUGUUAGCCUUUAACAUGGUGAACUACCGAGCCUGUAAGAACCUAUGGAAGGACUGUGUAGAGCACCACACCUUCUUCAGACUGGACCGACCCUUACCACCACAGAAGAACUUCUUUGCACAUGUCUUCCAACUGGGCUCCAAAUACCGCUACUGUGGUAGGACAGAGGUGCAAUCUGUCCAGUACGGCAAGGAGAAGGGCAUCAAGGACAGGGUGUUUGCCAGGUCUCCCAGUAAGCCCUUGGUGCGGCGGCUGAUGGAUGGAGGGAUGGACUGGGAGUCAGUCAGCCGGAACUCCAGAGCCUCUCUGUCUGACGACCGCCUGGAGACCCAGAGCCUGCCCACACGCUCCCCACCAGGCACCCCCAACCACAGGAACUCCAAGUUUGCACAAGAGCGCCUACGGCCGUCCUCCGUGGGACACCUGCUGGACCAUGUGAACUACCACGACCAUGCCUCGCCCUGCCAAACCUUUACCAAUCACAAGUCAGCCUCCUCAACCCAGGCCAACUCCAUCAGCCUAGAUUCUACCCCGUCAACAGACUCGACCAUCGACGGCCUGCCGCCCGCUCUGCCCCCUAAGCAGACCAGGAGGCCUCUGUCCAGCCAGUCCCACUCUCAGCAGGAGUUGGACAACCACAUCAAUGAGCUAUAUGACACGCCUCUGUCAGAAGACAAGACUAUGCCCAAUGGAGUGCUUCCUCAUGACAAUCUGGUGUUCAUUAAAAUGUGCCCCGACGAACAAGGACGAUUUGGAUUCAAUGUGAAGGGUGGGCUGGACCAGAAGAUGCCUGUGAUCGUGUCCCGAGUGGCCCCGGGAACAGCGGCUGACCUGUGUGUUCCCCGGCUGAACGAGGGAGACCAGGUGGUGCUGAUCAACGGUCAGGACAUCUCAGAGCACACCCACGACCAGGUGGUCAUGUUCAUCAAGGCCAGCUGUGAGGAGAGCGACUCAGGAGAGCUGAACCUGCUGGUCAGACCCAACGCCAUGUAUGACCUGGUGGAGGAGGAGAAGCUGGAGGAUGGAGAUACAGAGUCUAACUACCAGUACUCCCCAGAGAGAGCGCCCCAGGACCCGCCCCAGGACCAGCCCCAGGACCAGCCAGACCACCACCCAUCCUGCUGGAGAGACUCCAUACUACAGCUGAAAGAAGGCUUGAACACUGGGGCCGUACAGCAACAGUUUGAUCAACUCUACCGGAAAAGGCCUGGAUUGACAAUGUCAUGUGCCAAAUUACCUCAGAACAUUUCCAAAAAUCGAUAUCGAGACAUUUCACCGUAUGACGCCACCAGGGUUAUUCUGAGGGGCAAGGACGGGGACUAUAUCAAUGCAAAUUACAUCAAUAUGGUGAUCCCAGCGGCCAGUGCUGUAAACCGCUACAUCGCGUGCCAGGGCCCGCUGCCCGCCACCUGCUCUGACUUCUGGAGGAUGACUUGGGAACAGGGCUCCAACAUGGUGGUCAUGCUCACCACGCAGGUGGAGAGAGGACGGGUGAAGUGUCAUCAGUAUUGGCCGAACCCUGGUGCCAUUGCUACCCAUGGGGACUUCCAGGUGUCCUGUGUGACAGAAGAAGAGCAAUCAGCAUUCCUGGUCAGAGAGAUAAUUCUCACACACCUGGAGAGUGAGGAGAGCAGGUCGCUGACUCAGAUCCAGUACGUGGCCUGGCCUGACCACGGUGUACCAGACGACUACACUGACUUCCUGGACUUUGUCAGUCUGGUCCACAGAAAGAGGGAGGGCAAGGAGGAGCCGGUCAUAGUACACUGCAGCGCUGGGAUUGGUCGGACGGGGGUGCUCAUCACCAUGGAAACAGCCAUGUGUUUGAUUGAGUGCAAUCAGCCCGUGUAUCCGUUGGAUAUCGUGAGGACAAUGAGAGACCAGAGGGCCAUGAUGAUCCAGACUCCGAGCCAGUACAGGUUUGUCUGUGAGGCGAUCCUCAAGGUGUACGAGGAGGAGCAGGUCAAACCCCUGACAGCCACAGAGCCCCUGACACCUGUAGAGUCUCUGACGCCUACAAAGCCCCUGAUACCCGUAGAGUCUCUGACGCCUACAAAGCCCCUGACACCCGUAGAGUCUCUGACGCCUACAAAGUCCCUGAUACCCGUAGAGUCUCUGACGCCCACAAAGCCCCUGACACCCGUAGAGUCUCUGACGCCUACAAAGUCCCUGACACCCGUAGAGUCUCUGACGCCUACAAAGCCCCUGAUACCCGUAGAGUCUCUGACGCCGACAAAGCCCCUGACACCCGUAGAGUCUCUGACGCCUACAAAGCCCCUGAUACCCAUAGAGUCUCUGACACCUACAAAGCCCCUGAUACCCGAAGAGUCUCUGACACCUACAAAGCCCCUGAUACCCGUAGAGUCUCUGACGCCUACAAAGCCCCUGAUACCCGUAGAGUCUCUGGCGCCUACAAAGCCCCUGACACCCGUAGAGUCUCUGACACCUACAAAGCCCCUGACACCCGUAGAGUCUCUGACGCCCACAACGCCCCUGAUACCCGUAGAGUCUCUGGCACCCACAAAGCCCCUGAUACCAAUAGAGUCUCUGAAGCCUACAAAGCCCCUGAUACCCGUAGAGUCUCUGACGCCUGCAAAGCCCCUGAUACCCGUAGAGUCUCUGACGCCUGCAAAGCCCCUGAUACCCGUAGAGUCUCUGACACCCGCAAAGCCCCUGAUACCCGUAGAGUCUCUGACGCCCACAAAGCCCCUGACACCCGUAGAGUCUCUGACGCCCACAAAGCCCCUGAUACCAAUAGAGUCUCUGAAGCCUACAAAGCCCCUGAUACCCGUAGAGUCUCUGACGCCCACAAAGCCCCUGACACCCGUAGAGUCUCUGACGCCUACAAAGCCCUUGACAACCUUAGAGCUCCUGACACCCACAGAGCCAGAGGUAGAGACAGAGAGAAUCGGCUUUAUCCCUCCUGGGACUGACUGACUGACACAGGGCUGCAUGGGCCUAAGCACCACCCUCUUCUUCCACAGCCUGUCUAUCUGUCUGUCUAGAGUCUGUCUGUCUAGAGACUGUCUGUCUGACUCCCUCAGUCACAAUAGUUUCUUCCCACAUCCGCCAUCUUGAGCCUGGCAAGAGAGACUACACAAGCAUGGAGACGACUACCAACAACCACUCGAACUGCCUGGGAGGGGAAACAAAGCACUGUUGCACUUUAUGAUGACAAAACGCCAUACUUUGGAGAAUUAACGGAAGAAGAAAAAAAGAAACAAAGUUACGAUGAUCAACUGGAAUUUGGGAUAUUAGCAAGUGUCCAGGAUCAAGAGCGAAGUGAGAAACAGAACAGUAGCUGGGUUGGAUAAUAUUGCUGCAGUGCCAUUACUUUCAGACAAACCUUCAUAAUGAACACGACAACUCAAUGGAAAAUGGACUGACGUUUGUUUUCAACCCAUCAGUGCAUCAUCCCCAAGUGUCUUAUCAGUGGUUUCUUCAGACUAGUCUUUCUGGCUUUGAUUACUCCGUAGACUUAAAGAGUCCAUUUUCUUUUUGAAAUCGAAAAACUAUUCAUCGUCAACUGAAGAUCCGUUCCGAAAGUGGGUUGACCCUCUAUGUAAGGUCCUGGUAAAGCGCUCUGACUUCUACCCUAUGGCACUACUCAUCUUAUCAUCUCAUUUCUCUUAUUGAGACUGUAGGUUGUCGGAUGGAUACUUUUGGGCUUUUAUGUGUGUCUACAGAUUGGAAUCAUCUCCAGGGAAGGUGUUUCCCAAACCAAGGUCAAAGGCGGGGGAAGGUUAGGAGCGGUGGAGGCUGCAGAGGGGAGGACGGCUCAUAAUCAUGGCUGGAGUGCAGUCGUUGGCAUGGCAUCGGCCACAUGGAAAACCACGUGUUUGAUACCAUUCCAUUGACUCUAUUCCAGCCAUUGUUAUGAGCCGUCCUCCACUCAGCAGCCUCCACUGGUUAGGAGAGGCCUCCCUCCUCCUUUACCAUAAUCUCAUUAGCUGAUUACCUGCCAUUGAGCUCGGCGCUAUGUGGUGUUGUUGUUGUUGUUGUUAUUUUUGAGGCAGCUAUUCAACUUUGAUUCAGAUGGCUCAACAUGUGACGGUACAUCGGUCUCUCGAAGAUGCUAUACCACUAGCCCAAAACGGGCAGUAUUUUAAUGCAGGUUUUGUUAUUGCUAGUAACAUAGAAUGACCUUGCCAUGCGGGAUUGGGUUGGUACAGUCCAUAGGUGGUUUAUCAAGUGUCAUUGCAUCAGAUUUUGAAAUUGAAUAUGAGGUAUUCAGAGCUCUCUGAUUAAGAGCAUCGGGGUAUUUGGUACCAUGGUACUGUACAUCAGGAUUUUAGACAGUUGGUGUAUAUUACAUUCAGAUGGUACAUACAUUACAUAAAAUGACUGAGCUUUCAGGACCAAUAGGUUUUUAGCCUUGUGAGUAAAACAAAAAGUUUUCAAAUUGUGUUGAAAAGCUAUAAGGCUCAAGCUAUAGAUUUGCUUCUGAUAUUUUUUUUAUUAGAGACCCCUUUUGCUUCUUGGAGAUGGUCAGCACUUUUCAGCUGAACUUGUAGCAUAUUUGCUGCUAUGUAUGAUUAGACCCCCCAAAAAAAAAAAUGUUGGAAUUGUAUUUAGCAUUUUCUUAAUAUUUGUUGGAUAUAGACACCCCUAUGGGAAAUUUAAGCUAUAUGGUGUCAUCUAGAUUUGUGUAAUGUAACUAGUAUACAUUGACUAUGUUAAUUUAUAAGGUUUAAUGAAAUGAAAUGAAUGUGAGACCAAGUUAUUUUUAUAAGAGAAGAAAAGUCCCAAACUUUUCCACUUGUGUAAAGUCCUGCUGGAAUUAGAAAGGAUUGUUAUGGGAAAGCAUUGCAAUAGAUGCAUGCUGUGUAAAAGUCCUCUCCUUAAGUCCAGUGACAGUGGAAAGAGUUGGGACUGGCAACAUGAAGCUCUGUACACUGACUAAUAGAUUAAUCACCAUUAAUACUGUUCUUUUUUUAUGACAAUUGAAACCCACAAAGUGAUUUUCUUCCCAUGAUUUCCGGUUGAAUCGAUAGAUGCGAUUGUGCUUUUGAAAUCAGAAAGCUGGCUUGGUCAAACUUCAUCUUGCUGAUACUUCUGCAGUGGGUUUAUGCGGUACUAUUGCUGACCAUGUUUACAGUGGUCCGUGAGUUGGUUUUGUGAUUUGGAAAGGACGUGUAUCUACUGAAAGUCGGCGUGUUUACAAAAAGCUGUUGUGCGACGGGGAACUUCGGCCCAAUCAGAUCACUCACCCUCUGCGUCCCAAAUGGCACCCUAUUCCCUAUACAAGUGCACCACUUUUGACCGGGCUCUAGUCAAAAGUAGUGCACUGAAUAGGGAGCCAUUUGAGACUCAGACGGUGUCUACCACUUCACCAUGAAAUAGACUGAGGCACUGGAAUGUUAUUUUACAAGGUUGUCCCCGUUAAGGUCAAACGCCUCUUUUUCAAGGGAGACCUGGGUGGUAUGUUUUUUUGUUUUUGCACGAUGCUUUUCGAUCUUAUCAUCACUUAGUAAUAGUACAACAUUCUGCACAACUGUGAUGUAAAUAUAAGCUUAAAUCUGUGAACUAGUGAAAAAAUAUUUAAAGAUGAAAAUCAGGAGGAUGUACAAAUGUAAUGUUUGUUGUGAAGCUGUACAGAAAUUGAAUGUAUCGAUCUCAAGCUUUUAGUUGUUCGAAAACGUACGGGAUGUAUAAUUUGACUUUUGAGGGGAAAUAUUUUUCAUACUACUGUACUUGUAAAUGCAGGUAAAUAUCAGUCUGGGCUCUGCCUGGUCUGCGACCUGCUCUGUGUUUUUGUUGUAAAUAGGAGCAAUAUCAUGUCAGUAAGGUGCCAAUGUUCUGUAAGUAAAGUCAAAUUUCUGUUGUA